CUUUCCAAACAGCCUUUGAGUAUGGACUGGAUCAAAGAACUACAGGACAAAGAAUGGCUUUUGCUACACAAGUCUAGCGUAUGCUUAUGGAAAAGACAGUGCUGGGACAGAAGACAACUGGAAGGGCUGGAAGGCAGUUGAAGUCCUCUGUCCGUUCCCCACUGAACCAUUGCUAUGUUUGGAGAGUCAAGCUCACGUGAAGCUGUCUGCAGAGCACCCUCCAUGCAGAGGUCUUGGUACAGGACGAGAUGGCUGAAUCUGAUGGAUGCACAGGUCUAAAAUGGAAUUCACCUGCACCAAAGCUAAGUUCAUAGCCAGAAAGCAUUAGAUACACGUUAAACUCCUCCAGAUGUGAGUGCCUAAGAGCUAUUCGUGUGAGGCCACAGUCAUCGGGUGGAAAUCUGCAUGGGGUGGAGAGGUGGCUGCACCGUGUGGAAAUCCCAGCACAGACAGGAGGGAUGCAGAGAGCUGGGUAGCACGAACACUGAAAGGACAGGAGAAUCUGAUGCAGUGAAACAUCCUGUUUAUUUGAUGGCAGGAAUGAGGAAGGUGCUCUCUGCAAAGGAGAACAGUGGGUACUUUGUCGGCUACCACCACUCAAGUGAAAUCCAGGUCAUGGUCAUGUUGAUUUCAGACCUUUUUAUUAGUCACUGCAUUCUGUAUUUCAUGCAUGCAUUAUUUCCAUUGUGUCUUUUUCACUUACUGUGGUAUGUAUGAAGCAGCAGACAGAGAUUUGUGUGUAUAGAACAAUGCAAAAGCAUUAUGGUGAAAUAACAGUGAAAUAGUACUAACAUAAUAUUGCUUCAAUAAAUUGUGAGAAGUAAGUAAUGCCAAUAAAAGAGCCUUUGUAUCAGUAUAACAUCAACGCUAGGGAGUGUAUUAAUCUCACAGUAACUAUUAAGAAAUAGAGCAAUGCAGAAACUAUACAAAGGAACCGUUACUGAAAGAAUGAGAUACCAGCUGUUGUGAAACCUGUGGAAAGUAUUUUGAACCAAAUAACUAUUAAAGACCCCUUCCACACAACCUUCCCUACCGAACAUAUGCAAGUAAAGCAGAGGUCCAGCACUUUCCCCAGCCUUUCUUUUCAUACUACAUGCAGGCUGCUUUAGAAUAAUACGCUCAGCUUCAGAAUGCUGUUAGACUUUUUUCAAAUGUUUUAUUCAUGUGUCACUUGACUGUUCAUUUGCUAAGGGUUUACAAAUGCUUCAUCAAUUAUUAACAGUCCUGAUACCUACUUGUUAUUUUGUUGUUGUUGCUUUUUUUUUUUUUUAAGGAGGUGUUGGGGGGAAGAGAACACUACAAAAUUAAGAAAACAGAAUAAAAUAGGAAUUAAAUAAUUUACAUCUACUUACUGCAUAUAUCCAACUUAAUUUUUAAAGGAAAACAGUUAUACUCGAGAAAAUUGAAUUAAGUGUUUCCAGUUUUUCCCAAGAAGCACAGAACACCUAUGUUCUCUCCUGGUGCAUGCAGUAUGCUAAAGAGAUCACUUUGUACGCUCUCAAGAAAGAGAAUACGCAGAAGACUGUUUGAAAACAAUCCAAUGAAUGAAGAUCACAUCACCUUAGUAAAAAAGUGAAGAGAAGAUGUGCUCUUGCAUCUGAAGAGAUGUGUAUCGUAGUGCCUAAAAAAGGACAAGGGAUUUUGCUGCCCACGGACUUUGGCUUCCCUAAAUCACCUUCCCUCUUUCCCUGAGUACUUGGAUCCAAGGAGCUGGCUGACCACGAGGAGCACUCAUGCCAAGGCAGAUGUGUGGCACUGCUGAUCGUGCCAGGAGUCUGGGGCUGUUUGUUAAUCGACGGCAACCAAUUAUUAUACCAGGAGAGCCUGGAGUUAGUAUUUUUGGUUUCAAAGCUUCACUUUAUUUGAGACUCUAUAAAUAAAAUUCUCAUGAAGUAUUUAUACACCCUAACCGAGCUCAGAGGAAGGAACAGAAGUAAUGGAUGAUUUCAAAUGGCAAGGAGGCUGAAUGCUGGCACAACAGAUAGUACCGUGUGAUCCUGAUGAGGUACCUGAUAGUGAAGACAAAGUAAAAACAACCUUGAUUUCUGCAUGCGUGUUAUUGCAGGCCUUCUGAGCAAGCAGUGGCUGAACUAAAACUGCAUUUCACAGUAAGACAAAGCAAGAAAUGGAAUGCACGUUCAUCCGCUCCAUGUGUCGUCUUGUCUGAAAGCCUCUUGGUCAACUAAAGCAGUAAGCAUGAUCAAGGAAUUGUCUACUUCAGCUGUUUGAGUGCGGCAGCGUAAUGAAAACUCGAAGCAUGAAGGCUGGAGACUGAAGGAAAAACUUCCUGGAAAUGAUAACAGUGAAGCCCUUCCAGAGUCUAUCCCAUCUGCUCCUGGAACUCUGCCUCAUUUUAUGGAGGAACCAGAUGAUGCCUACAUUAUAAAAAGCAACCCCAUUGUCUUACGCUGUAAAGCUAUGCCAGCUAUGCAGAUUUUCUUCAAGUGCAAUGGUGAAUGGGUCCAUCAAAAUGAGCACGUGUCGGAGGAAAGCAUGGAUGAGACCACAGGCUUGAAAAUUCGAGAGGUGUUCAUCAACGUGACGAGACAGCAGGUGGAGGACUUCCAUGGGCCAGAAGAUUACUGGUGUCAGUGUGUUGCAUGGAGCCACCUAGGGACCUCAAAGAGUAGGAAGGCAUCUGUCCGCAUAGCCUAUUUACGGAAAAACUUUGAGCAAGACCCGCAAGGGAAGGAGGUUCCUAUCGAAGGGAUGAUCGUUCUCCACUGCCGGCCACCUGAGGGAGUCCCCGCAGCUGAGGUGGAGUGGCUGAAGAAUGAAGAGCCCAUUGAUUCCAACCUGGAUGAGAACAUUGACACCAGAGCAGACCACAACCUGAUCAUUCGACAGGCACGUCUGUCUGACUCUGGGAACUAUACCUGCAUGGCUGCCAACAUUGUUGCCAAGAGAAGGAGCAUGUCUGCGACAGUUGUGGUUUAUGUUAACGGAGGCUGGUCGUCGUGGACUGAGUGGUCAAACUGUAAUGCGCGGUGUGGUCGGGGCUGGCAGAAGCGAUCACGGACCUGUACUAACCCUGCUCCACUCAACGGAGGUGCUUUUUGUGAAGGAAUGUCAGUGCAGAAAAUUACCUGCACUUCUCUUUGCCCUGUGGAUGGAAACUGGGAGGUGUGGAGUGAGUGGUCUGUAUGCAGCCCAGAAUGCGAGCAUUUGAGAGUUCGGGAAUGUAUCGCACCACCUCCUCGAAAUGGAGGAAAAUACUGCGAGGGCUUGAGUCAAGAGUCUGAGAAUUGCACUGAAGGGCUUUGCAUUCAAGAUAUAGAGAAUGCCAGUGACAUUGCCUUGUACUCCGGCCUGGGAGCAGCAGUCAUCGCUGUGGCUGUGCUGGUGGUCGGCGUUACCCUUUACAGACGGAGUCAGAGUGAGUACGGCGUGGAUGUGAUUGAUUCAUCUGCCCUGACAGGAGGCUUCCAGACAUUUAAUUUUAAAACAGUCAGACAAGGUAACUCCCUGCUUUUGAACUCAUCCAUGCAGCCUGACUUGACAGUGAGCAGAACGUACAGUGGACCGAUCUGCCUGCAGGACCCGAUGGACAAGGAGCUAAUGACGGAGUCUUCGCUGUUUAACCCCCUCUCAGACAUCAAAGUCAAGGUUCACAGUUCAUUCAUGGUUUCCCUAGGGGUGACAGAGAGGGCUGAAUAUCAUGGAAAGGCACAUUCUGGAACUUUUCCUCAUGGAAAUAAUAGAGCUUUUGGUACGAUACAGGCUAGAAACAAGGCUACAUAUAUUCAGAACCUGUCUUCUAUUUCAACACAAAGUGAGCUGAAGACAACUGCCAUUUUUGGACACCUGGGUGGUCGUUUAGUGGUUCCAAACACAGGAGUCAGUCUGCUGAUACCACAUGGAGCAAUUCCUGAAGAGAGUUCAUGGGAAAUUUAUCUUGCCAUCAAUCAAAGGGAGUCCAGCCUACAGCCAGAAGGCACAGAUGUUCUUCUAGGACCAGAAGUAACCUGUGGCCCCUCGGAUGUGUCCGUCAGCACUCCGUUUGCCUUGACUAUCCCACAUUGUGCAGAAGUAAAUUCAGAGCACUGGAGUAUUCACUUGAAAAAAAGGACACAGCAAGGAAAAUGGGAGGAAGUGAUGUCUGUGGAAGAGGAAACUACUUCUUGCUACUGCCUGUUGGAUCCUUAUGCCUGUCACAUUCUCUUAAACAGCUUUGGAACUUAUGCACUUAUUGGAGAACCCAUCUCUGACUGUGCCGUUCGACAGCUGAAAGUAGCGGUUUUUGGCUGCCUGUCUUGCAAUUCUCUGGAUUACAAUUUGAGAGUAUAUUGUAUGGAUAACACACCUUGUUCAUUUCAGGAAGUGGUUUUGGAUGAAAGACUGCAAGGAGGACAGUUACUGGAGGAACCAAAACUUUUGCAUUUCAAAGGGAAUACCUUCAGUCUUCAGAUAUCUGUCCUUGAUAUCCCUCCUUUCCUUUGGAGAAUCAAACCAUUUACUGCAUGUCAGGAAGUCCCGUUCUCCCGUGUGUGGUGCAGCAACCAGAAGCCGCUGCACUGUGCCUUUUCUCUGGAGCGCUACACUCCUGCCACGACGCAGCUGUCCUGCAAGAUCUGCGUCCGACAAGUCAAGGGUCAUGAGCAAAUCCUACAGAUCCAGACAUCCAUUCUAGAGAGUGAAAGAGAAAGCAUCACUUUCUUUGCACAUGAUGACAGCAACUUCCCUGCACAGAUGGGCGCAAAAGCAUUCAAAAUCCCCUACUCCAUCAGGCAAAGAAUCUGCGCAACAUUUGACACACCCAAUGCCAAAGGCAAAGACUGGCAGAUGUUAGCACAAAAAAACAGCAUCAGCAGGAAUCUCUCCUAUUUUGCUACACAAAGCAGUCCAUCUGCUGUCAUUCUGGACCUCUGGGAAGCCCGACAUCAACAUGAUGGAGACCUUGACUCCCUUGCUUGUGCACUGGAAGAAAUAGGAAGGACACACUCCAAAAUCUCAGACAUAACAGAAACUGAGAUUGAGGAGCCUGACUUCAACUACAGCAGACAAAAUGGACUUUAGUCCCUUCUUUUCCAUUCAAGAACCGAUGGCCAGCUUUGACUUUUACACUAGAGAAUCUCUUUGGCAGGGAGGAAAUAAGGGUUUCUGCACACUGUAAGGAAGCAGACGCUCAUUUCCACAAUGCAGUUUUCAGCUGGAGGAGCAGAAGAAGCCCUAUUAAAAAUCAUCUCGGUAAUAAGGAAAACACAAGCGCUCCCUGUGCUACAGUCCUCUCUCAUUUAAGAUUCAUAUAUCAAAUUCAAAAACAAAACUACACAUCUAUCAUUGCCCGGGGCAGGAAGGAGUGAUAUACAGAGCCGUACAAGGUAAAUUAUGACAUAAUGUAUUUAAGGAAACAGUGAUGCUAAAGAAGAAUAUAAUGCCUAGUGAUUACCAGCAAAUAUGAUAGUGAAUAUUUAGAGUCGCUAGAGGUUAAUCCUGGUUUA